AUGAGUAACAAGAAUCUUGCCACCUCUUCGUCGGAGGAGGUGACCGGCCAAGUCUCUUUGCCCCUUGCGCGCAUAAAACGAAUUAUACACGUGGACGAUGAUAUCCACAACUGCUCAAACAAUGCUGCUUUUACCAUCACUAUUGCAACGCAAAUGUUUAUUCAGUAUUUGGCGGAGCAGGCGCACAAUGUUGUAAAGUCAGAAAGGAAGCCUCGACGGAAUAUACAGUACAAAGACAUUGCAAACGCUGUCGCCCGCAUCGAUAACCUCGAAUUUCUUUCAGAUGUCGUGCCGAAAACGAUUCCUUACAAGCAAUUAAAGGAGAAGAAAUUCGAUCCUAGCAAUGGAAACAUAUCUGAGUCCAGUCAGGCGGCCCUGGAUCGAAGCCAAGUUGGCCGCUUGGGACUGGACGGAGCUGGAUAUGAGGAGUCCGUCGAUAGUGAUGCAACGAUUCCUCAGAGAGACAACAUGAAAAUGGAGAUUCGCGGUUCUCGAGAAAGUGGCAUCCUGGCGAGUAACCCUGAUGAGGACGCUAUGGUGGAAUAAAUAUGAUUGCACAAAAAUGUACAAACUGGUUCAGGUUUAAGGCGCUGGUGGUGUAUUCGCAGGUCCAACGGCAAUGGCGCAGUCGGUUCAAAAGUAUGAAAUUAGCGUUUUUCGGAUAAUUUGAUACCUUGCAUUUUAGCUGUGUAUAUUCAUUUAAUAAAUACCGUG